CCAUGGGCGAGUGCAGCGACCUGGACCGGCAGAUCGAGCAGCUGCGGCGCUGCGAGCUCAUCAAGGAGAGCGAGGUCAAGGCCCUGUGCGCCAAGGCCAGGGAGAUCCUGGUGGAGGAGAGCAAUGUGCAGCGGGUGGACUCACCUGUCACGGUGUGCGGCGACAUCCAUGGGCAGUUCUAUGACCUCAAGGAGCUCUUCCGGGUGGGGGGCGACGUCCCCGAGACCAACUACCUGUUCAUGGGCGACUUCGUGGACCGGGGCUUCUACAGCGUGGAGACCUUCCUGCUGCUGCUGGCGCUC